AUGUUCAAUUUGUUACAGGACGCAGUUAGAGGGUUCUUGAACACUCAAGGUCACAUCGCCUUCUGCUCCGGCAGUCUCCUGGUGUACUCUAUCGGGCCAUUUGUUAGUUACGCCGCCCUCCAUUAUAUGAUGCUCGGGAUGUGUUUACUUUUCUUUCUGCUGUUUUUUUAUCUGCCUGACUCCCCUCACUCACUGGUAAUCAAACAUGAAGUAACCCGAGCAAGAGAGACCCUGGUCUGGCUCAGGAAGAACAGGUCUGACUCUUACGCUGACAAAGAACUUCAGAUCAUACAGAGCUCAAUCCACCAGAGCCAGACAGAGUCAGGUUCCAUGAGAAAGUUGUUUGCGUCCCGAGGUAACCGCCGUGGUCUCCUUAUCUGCUGUGGACUCCUUACUCUUCAGCAGGUCUCUGGUAUGUCUAUCGUCUUCUUUUACGCGGAGCUGAUCUUCAAGAUGACCGGCACAGACAUUUCCACCAGCACUUGUUCUAUAGUAGUCGGAGUCUUCAUGACAGGAUCUGCUUUCAUCAGUCCUGUUGCUGUCAGGAACUUUGGCUACAAGAAACCUCUACUGGUGGCUGCUUCUGGGACAGCUUUGGGCAUGGGAAGCCUUGGUGUGUUUUUCUUGUUGAAGUCGAGCAAUGUUGAAGUAGAUUCUAUCAGUUGGCUACCUCUAGUUAGUCUCGUAGUCUACAUUCUUUUCUUCAAUACAGGCUUCUCUAAUAUCCCGUGGGCUCUGUCCGGGGAGCUGUUCGCCAGCAACGUGAAACCCUAUGCAACAACGUUGAUAGCGACUAGCUGCGGCUGUCUCUCAUUCCUCACCGCCAAACUGUUCCCUUACCUCAUCCACCUGGUAGGGGAACACUUUGUCUUCUUGGGCUGUUCCUGCUUCUGCUGCAUCACCGUGCUCUUCGUCUCCGCCGUCGUACAAGACACGAGCGGCCUCUCUUUUGGGGAGAUCCAGGACAUGCUGAAUGGUCGAGUGAAAACAGAUAUGCAGCAUCGUAAAACUGUUUUACAGAAUGUACAUUAAUCUAUUUGUAUUUGAAAAUAAAAAUUUGGUGGUAAUUAA